GGAGCCAACUUCAGUCGCGUAUAAGGCGGAUACCGCAGCAAACCGAAAUAGGAAAUCUUGGAGUUCGCAUCACACAAGCUAAUCAAAUGUCUGUAAUGGAAAUAUAGAAUAAAAUUGCCAUUACUUGAGAUUGCGAAGUGAGAGCUUCUGACAGUUCGGAGAAAGCGGAGAGGAUUAUUGUACUGUAAAGUUUUCAAUUAAUGUCCUUUAAAGUUGUCGUUAGAUUAGGACUGAAUUUCUGAAGUCAUUCUUUUAAUAUCUAGCGAGGCCCCGGCACGAACCAUCUGGCCUGGAUCAGCACAAAAAUGGAAGGAGGUACUUCUGAAAUGAGCCCCUCUGUGGGGUGUAAGAAGAGAGGAGCAGCUUCUGAAGUAAGCCCCUCUGAGGAAUAUAAAAGACAGAGAACUGAGGGUGUCCUGAUGGAGAGAGCAGACUCAGCUGCACCCAGCUGUAUUUCCAUGAAGAGUGACUGGUCAAUGGCGCCCCCAUUGCACUUCAGAGCGGGACCUUUUCCAACAUAUCAAAGAGACCAAAUGGGGGAAUGCAGUUCAUAUCUACCCGACAAACCAGAUUUAUCAUCCAUAUUGAAGUCACUUGAGGAAAAAGCUGUGAAGUUCCUGAAAGAUGAGCUGAAGAAGAUCACAAGAUAUCUAGAUCAGAAUUACCCAGAAUGUUCUGAGCCUCAGCUUGUGGAGAAGCCCAAUGACCUGGACAGUGAUGAUCAGGUGCAGAAGAUCUGUGGUAGAGAGGGAGCUCUGAAGAUCACACUAUACAUCCUGAGGACCAUGAAGCAAAAUGAUCUUGCUGACAUAUUGGAAAAGAGGGAACUUAUGUUUCAGUGUCAGCACAAAAUCAAAAGUAACCUGAAGACGAAAUCUGAGUGUGUAUUUGAAGGGAAAGCUAAGGAAGGACAGCCAACACUUCUCAGUGAGAUUUACACAGAACUCUAUAUAACUGAAGGAGGAACUGGAGGAGUCCAUGAUGAACAUGAAGUGACACAGAUUGAAACAACAUCCAGGAGACGGCUAACAGAAGAUACUACAGUCAACUGCAAUGAUAUAUUUAAACGCUUAUGUGGGUGUGUGACACCUAUCAGAACUGUACUCACUAAAGGAGUUGCAGGAAUUGGGAAAACAUUCUCUGUGCAGAAAUUUAUUCUAGACUGGGCAGAAGGAAAAGCAAACCAGGAUGUUCACUUCAUUUUUGCUCUUCCUUUCCGGGAUCUGAAUUUGAUUAAGGGUGAAUACAGUCUAAUUGAACUUCUUCAUCACUUUGUCCCAGAUCUGAAAUCAUUUGAAUCCACUGAGUUGUUUAGGUUCAAAGUCUUGUUUGUCUUUGAUGGCCUGGAUGAGUGUCGCCUUCCUCUAGAUUUUCAUAACAAUGAGAGCUGGUGUGAUGUAACAAAGAAAACAUCACUGGAUGUGUUGCUGACUAAUCUCAUUAAGGGGAAUCUGCUUCCAUCUGCUCUACUCUGGAUCACCUCCCGGCCAGCAGCAGCCAAUCAGAUACCUCCUGAGUGUGUCCACCAGGUGACAGAGAUACAAGGAUUCAAUGAUGCCCAGAAGGAGAAGUAUUUCAGGAAGAGAUUUAAUGAUCAGAGCCUGGCUAGCAAGAUUAUCAUACAUGUGAAAUCAUCAAGGAGCCUCUUCAUCAUGUGUCACAUACCUGUGUUCUGCUGGAUUUCAGCCACUGUUCUUGGGAGACUUUUUAGUGAAACUGACAGUGAAGAAAUCCCAAAGACUCUGACUGAAAUGUACACACAUUUCCUGAUAUUUCACACAAGUUUAAAAAAUGACAAGUACAUGAAAAAACAUGAAACCAAGCUCAAUAAAUCCUCUCCGUCUGACAAAAAAUUCCUUUUAAAACUUGGUAAACUGGCUUUUGACAACCUUGAGAAAGGCAAUUUCAUAUUUUAUGAGCAAGAUCUGAUAGAGAAUGACAUUGAUGUCACUGAAGCUUCAGUUUACUCUGGAGUGUGCACAGAAGUCUUUAAAGAAGAGUCUGGGUUGUAUCAGGAGAAGGUGUACUGCUUUGUACAUCUGAGCAUUCAGGAGUAUCUCGCUGCUUUAUACAUGUUUCUAUCAAACUCAUCAGCUGAUCUGCUGAAGACUACAGUGGAUGAGGCACUAACGAGCGAGAAUGGACACUGGGACCUCUACCUCCGCUUCCUCCUUGGCCUCUCAACAGACUCCAGUAAGACUCUGUUACAAAGCCUACUAGCACAGACUAGUACCAGCUCACAUAACACGAAGGAAAUAGCCCAAUACAUCAAGGAGAAAAUACUGGAGAAUUUGUCUCCAGAAAGGACCAUCAACCUGUUCCACUGUCUGAAUGAACUGAAUGACAAUUCUCUAGUAAACGAAGUACAAAGAUACCUGAAUUCAGGAAAAAAUUUUGUAGAACGCCUCUCACUUGCUCAGAGGUCAGCUCUGGCCUUUGUGUUACUGAUGUCAGACAAGGAGCUGGAUGUAUUCGAUAUGAAUAAAUUCAUCAGAUCCAAUGAAGAUCUUCGGCGGCUGCUUCCUGUGGUCAAGAAAUCUAGGACAGCUCUGCUGAACAGCUGUAGGCUCACAGAGAAAUGCUGUGAAGCACUGGCUUCAGUUUUUAGCUCAAAAUCCUCACACCUGAGAGAGCUGGACCUGAGUGACAAUGACCUGCAGGAUUCAGGAGUGAAGCUGCUCUCUGCUGGACUGGGGGAUUCACCCUGUAAACUGGAGAUACUGAGGCUGUCAGGCUGUAGAGUCACAGAAGAAGGCUGUUCUUCCCUGACUUCAGCUCUGAGGUCAAACCUCUCACACCUGAGAGAGCUGGAUCUGAGCUACAAUCACCCAGGAGACUCAGGAGUGAAGCUGCUCUCUGACGUACUGAAGGAUCCUGGCUGUAAGCUGGAGAAAGUGAAGCUGGACCAGUGUGAACUGACAGAGACAUGCUGUGAAGCAUUGGCCUCAGCUCUCAUGUCAAACCCCUCACACCUGAAAGAGCUGGGCCUGAGUGACAAUGACCUGCAGGAUUCAGGGGUGGAUCUGCUCUCUGCUGGACUGGGGGAUUCACACUGUAAACUGGAGAUACUGGGGUUGUCAGGCUGUAAAGUCACAGAGCGAGGCUGUUCUUCCCUGGCUUCAGCGCUGAGGUCAAACCCCUCACACCUAAGAGAGCUGGAUCUGAGCUACAAUCACCCAGGAGACUCAGGAGUGAAGCUGCUCUCUGCUCUACUGGAGGAUCCCAGCUGUAAACUGGAGAAGCUGAUUGUGGACCACAGUGGAGAAUGCAGGAUCAGACCACGGUUCCAGAAAUACUCCUGUCAGCUGACACUGGAUCCCAGCACAGCACACAGACUCCUGUCUCUGUCUGGGGGGAACAGAAAGGUGACAUGUGGGGCAGAGCAGCCAUAUCCUGAUCAUCCAGAGAGAUUUGACUCCUGGUACCAAGUUCUGUGUAGAGAGAGUCUGACUGGUCGCUGUUACUGGGAGACUGAAUGGAGUGGAGAUCGAGCUGAAAUAGGAGUAACUUAUAAAGGAAUCAAGAGGAAAGGAGACAGUGAUGACUGUUGGCUUGGGGUCAAUGACAAGUCAUGGAUUCUAUGCUGUUCUCUUCAUGAUUACUAUGUCCGGCACAAUAAUGAAUGGACUGUCAUACCCAUACAGCCCUCAGGUUCCCACAGAGUUGGGGUGUAUCUGGACUGGGAGGCUGGUACUCUGUCCUUCUACAGAGUCUCCCCUGAUGGACUGACCUUCCUGUACAGGUUCACCUCCUCAUUCACCGAACCCCUCUGUCCAGGGUUUUAUGUUUAUAAAAACUGUUCAGUGUCCCUUUGAGUACUGGGAUAGCUCAAUGUGUGCUGGAGGAAUCAUGAAGAACUGGGUUCAGCAAGCUGAACAAACAUGCAAAACAACUUUUUCUCUCAGCUUAAAAUGAAGAAAAUGUACACCUGAUGAGCAGGGGGCCUUUUCCCCUCCUGAAAUAUGCCUUCCCCAAGGCUACUUGCCAGGAUGUGGCCUGACCCAGAACUAAGGCAGCAAACAUCACUCACUGUUUUCAUGAAGGUGUGACAAACAUUCCCACAUCAUCUCAAAAUAUAAGUCUAUUUACUACUUAACAUCCCAGUAGGGCAUGAUUACGAACAUUUGUACUGUCAUCAAGUAGUUGUCUUGCAUGAUUAACAGUUAUUAUGCCUAUUUUUACACAAAUUCCCUCAAGGUAUGAGUCUGUUGCUGGUGUAAUUUAUCAUUGUAUCUGUCAAAUGCUCUAUAACUAUUAGUAAAACAAUUUGAUCAUCAUAAUCAGAAAAACACAAAAGUACCUGACAUACUUUACUUUUCUACAUAUGAAGUUUAGAAUAUUGUGAUAAUUAUUGUGAAAAUCUCUGAAAACAUUGUGAUUUGUGUUGGGGCAGCGUGUGGCUCAGUGGGCUAAGCCUCUAUGCCUGUGAUCAGAAGGUCACCUGUUUGAGCCCAGCUCAGCCUUGCCAUGUCUGCGGGUCCUUGAGCAAGACCCUUAACCUCCAGCUUCCUGGGUGCCACAACAGGUGGCUGCCCUUUGCAGCCAGCUUUCUCUCACCUACACACACAUACACACACAUGUAUACAAAACCUAGCAUCAAAAUUUAUUGUCAGCGUUUUCUAGUGUUAUGCCCUACGACAAAAAAGUGUAUUUUCAUAUAAUUUAUUUAUUAAAAUUUGAUUUUAGUGUGCAGUCCAUUCAAUUUGUUAGCUUUUUCAUGUUUUUUAUCUUUGUAAGGGCAAUUAUUUGGAUUAUAUUAUGACAUCAUUUGAUAUAAAAAAUAUUAUGAUUAAAUAUUUUGCCAUAUUACCUAGCCUUAGUGCACAGGGUAUUUGCACAUGGGAUGGAUAGAUUGAUGGCUGGAUGGAAUUUUAUUUUAAAGUUUUAUCAUUCAAGAAUCCAGACACAACAUAAAUCACUUCAUGCUGCUCUAUAUCCAGCUGUGUUCAUUAUGAGGAGGUGUCUGUACACACAAGGGACCAGUCAUCCUCAGCAGGGUCAUGCAAAAUUUAGAAUUUAUAAAAAGUAUAUAAGAAUUCCAUUCAUGAAUUAAAAUUUGAUUUGUAAUGACAGGAAUAAGAUUUAAUUUCAGUUAAAAAAAAAAAAACAAAACUGUGAUCUAGCAAAGCACAAAUAAUAAUACUUUAUGGAUCAGGGAUGGGCAACUGGUGGCUCACGGGCUGCAUCUGGCCCUCCCUACUCUUUUUCUUUGAAAUGAGUACUAGUGCAUCACGCUGCCUGACCACUAGGGGGAGUUGGAAAUGUAAAGCAUGUUUGUCUUUAGCGCUUUCUGUUUUCUGUUGUGCGUUGUAUUAUGUGAAUUUACAAUCUUUUGGUUAGACAUAAGCUUUGGUGGAAUUAUGGUGGCAAAACUAGACACUGUUCAAGCCUACUUAGACAACACUAAGUAUACCAAUGUAUUUGAGUUAUUUUCUGCUGAUUUAAGAUGUUCUGGAGCAUAACUGCAGAAAACUGUAGUGGUCAGUUGUAAAUACAAUAUAUUGUAUCACAAAAUAAAUACGAUUAUAACAGUUGCAGUACAAUUUUAUAUUACUUCCAUGUGCUGGGCCAGUACCAGGGUGGCUAUUCUGGAUAUAGAUGGAACUCCCCCGACUAGACAAAUCGGACUGGCCCCAUCAUAGCUGUUAAUAAAUUUUAUGGCCCAACUGAAGACUAAAGUUACCCAUCCCUGUUCUAGAUAGUGGAUGUAUACAGUGAGGCUGUAUACCAGUUGGUAAAGUGUAUUUUAUAUUUGCCUGAUUAUAAGGGAAAAAAAUAUCUGUAUUUUUAUCCUAUAAAUAUACAUUUAGCUUGUUGGUCCUCUAAGUUCUUUUCCAUAGACACAAAUACAUUGUUUUUGUAUAUUUAACUGUUUUUGUGCAUUACCUUUUGUGACGAUUCUGCAGUAGCUUCCUUCGUGAGUGUUCAUGGAUAGGGUUACUGACAGCAAAUGUUCACAUACUUUUCCUACACACAUAUAUGUGACAUCGGGUUAUUUUCUUCAGUAAAUAAAGGAACAAGAAUAAA